AGUUUCUGUACUGUUUACAUCGCGAAGGAGAGAAAGAUAGACAACUGCAAUGGCUCGUACGAAGCAGACUGCCCGCAAGUCGACUGGUGGCAAAGCGCCACGCAAACAACUGGCCACCAAGGCUGCUCGCAAGAGCGCCCCGGCCACUGGUGGAGUGAAGAAGCCGCAUCGUUACCGUCCCGGAACUGUGGCUCUGCGUGAGAUCCGUCGCUACCAGAAGAGCACUGAGCUGCUCAUCCGCAAGCUGCCUUUCCAGCGUCUGGUGCGUGAAAUCGCCCAGGACUUCAAGACGGAUCUGCGCUUCCAGAGCUCCGCCGUGAUGGCUCUCCAGGAGGCCAGCGAGGCUUAUCUGGUGGGUCUCUUCGAGGACACCAAUCUGUGCGCCAUCCACGCCAAGCGCGUCACCAUUAUGCCCAAAGACAUCCAGCUGGCACGCCGCAUCCGCGGAGAGCGCGCUUAAAUCGCAUUUCUCUCAUACAACAAA